CAGUCACACAACAGCGGAGCAGCAAGGUUGGAGGAGCUCCUCCAAACAUCUCAGCUGAUCCUUGACACUACAGCCCCGUCGGUCGAUAGCCGGCUUUACAGACGCACACUGAACCUUCGGAAAAUAGCCUAUAACCCACGGUAGCAGAGGAUCUUGACUGAGUAUCCGUGAGCAUUUCGGAUAUAAGCCAGGAGUUGCACUCCCCGAGCGCAAGGUUUGCAUCGUGGCUCUUGUAGAAGUGGCAUGUUCGAGGGAAACUGCGGGCACAAUUGAACUCCUGCGUUCACCCAGAGAGGAUUCAAUGAAAAUGUCCGUGUGCGUCCAUGAAAACCGAAAAUCACGAGCCAGCACUGGCUCUAUGAACAUCUACCUUUUCCACAAGUCCUCCUAUGCCGACAGUGUCCUCAUGCACCUCAACUCGCUGCGGCAGCAAAGGCUUUUCACAGACGUCUUGCUCCAUGCCGGUAGCCGCUCCUUUCCCUGCCAUCGCGCCGUGCUGGCUGCCUGCAGUCGCUACUUUGAGGCCAUGUUCAGUGGUGGCCUGAGGGAGAGUCAGGCCAGUGAGGUUGACUUCCGUGACUCAAUCCAUCCAGAGGUUUUAGAGCUCCUGCUGGAUUAUGCUUAUUCGUCACGGGUGGUCAUCAAUGAGGAGAAUGCAGAGUCGCUGCUGGAGGCUGGGGACAUGUUGGAGUUUCAGGACAUCCGGGAUGCCUGCGCAGAAUUCCUAGAAAGAAACCUUCACCCGUCCAACUGUCUUGGCAUGCUUCUGCUGUCGGAUGCCCAUCAGUGUACCAAGCUGUCAGAGCUCUCCUGGGGCAUGUGUCUCAGCAACUUCCCUGCUAUUUGCAAGACAGAGGACUUCCUCCAACUGCCCAAAGAUAUGGUGGUGCAGCUUUUAUCACAUGAGGAGCUAGAGACAGAAGAUGAGAGACUGGUUUAUGAAGCUGCUCUUAACUGGAUCAACUACGACCUGGAAAGGAGGCAUUGCCAUCUUCCGGAGCUCCUGAGAACGGUCCGCCUUGCACUGCUGCCAGCCAUCUUUUUAAUGGAGAACGUCUCAACAGAAGAGCUGAUUAACUCCCAGGCCAAGAGCAAGGAGCUGGUGGAUGAAGCGAUCCGCUGCAAGCUGAAGAUCCUGCAGAAUGAUGGCGUUGUUAAUAGCCCGUGUGCUCGACCAAGAAAAACGAGCCAUGCCCUAUUUCUUCUGGGUGGGCAGACUUUCAUGUGUGACAAGUUGUACCUGGUGGACCAGAAGGCCAAAGAGAUCAUCCCAAAGGCUGACAUCCCCAGUCCACGGAAGGAGUUCAGUGCCUGUGCCAUUGGCUGUAAGGUGUACAUCACUGGUGGGAGAGGGUCAGAGAAUGGCGUGUCCAAAGAUGUGUGGGUCUAUGAUACUGUCCAUGAAGAAUGGUCAAAGGCGGCUCCCAUGCUCAUUGCCAGGUUUGGCCAUGGCUCUGCAGAGCUGAAACACUGUCUCUACGUUGUCGGAGGUCACACUGCAGCAACAGGCUGCCUUCCAGCAUCUCCAUCAGUGUCUCUCAAACAGGUGGAGCAGUUUGACCCCGUGGCAAACAAGUGGACAAUGGUGGCUCCUCUGAGAGAGGGUGUGAGUAAUGCAGCAGUAGUCAGCGUCAAGCUGAAGCUCUUUGCUUUCGGAGGAACCAGUGUCACCCACGACAAGCUGCCCAAGGUGCAGUGCUACGAUCCGCAGGAGAAUCGAUGGACGGUGCCCGCAUCCUGCCCGCAACCGUGGCGCUACACAGCUGCCGCCGUCCUGGGAAACCAGAUCUUUGUCAUGGGUGGAGAUACAGAGUUCUCAGCAUGUUCAGCCUACAAGUUCAGCAGCGAGAGCUACCAGUGGACUAAAGUGGGUGACGUGACAGCCAAGCGGAUGAGCUGCCAGGCUGUGGCUUCGGGAAACAAACUCUAUGUGGUCGGUGGGUACUUUGGCACACAGCGGUGUAAAACUCUGGACUGUUAUGACCCCACACUGGAUGCGUGGAACAGCAUAACUACGGUGCCAUACUCACUCAUUCCUACUGCGUUCGUUAGCACCUGGAAACAUCUACCCGCUUGAGUUCCAAACUCUCUACAUGCACCCUUUCCAUUAGAUUUCCCUGUUUUGCAUCAUCUACUGGUCUCCCAACUGUGAAGAAGCACACAUUCUCUUCCUCUAAACGAGACACCGAGCAGUGAUGUACAGACGCCCACAUUCAUUUUGAUGUUGCAAAGAGGCAAAAAAAAAAA